AAGAAAAAGAUUGGGGAAAGGAAAGAAAUAAAAUGCGAAGUAAUGUGGGGGGUUUGACAAUAAGGUGGAGCAAUCAAUGAAAGAAGCUUUAGUAGUGCUACUCCAUUGACAUAUUUGUUUUUCAUAAAGUAAUUGUGGCGUUGUGUGGAUUCGAAGCAAAUCCGGAACCAUCGAAAUGGCAUCGUCGUCUUCGCCUACGGACCAACAACAACUCAGAGACGAAGAUCGUCAAGAGGACCAUCCUCCGCCGCUCUCAGUCAAAGACUGCAUUCACAAAACCAAAACGAUUCACUUUCUCGGACGCACCACUCCGAUCGUUCUCCAAAACGACAAUGGACCAUGCCCGCUUCUCGCUAUCUGUAAUGUUCUUCUGCUAAGAAACAACUUAAAUUUGAGUCCAGAUAUUUCUGAAGUCUCACAGGAGAAAUUACUUUCAUUGGUCGCUGAACGAUUAAUUGAUUCAAAUAGUAAUGUGAAUAACAAAGAUGCAGGCUAUGUCGAAAAUCAACAACAGAACAUUGCUGAUGCAAUUGAUUUGCUUCCUAGGCUUGCUACUGGCAUUGAUGUAAAUAUAAAAUUUAGAAGAAUUGCUGAUUUUGAAUUCACUCGAGAGUGUGCCAUAUUUGAUCUGUUGGACAUCCCUUUGUAUCACGGCUGGAUUGUUGAUCCUCAGGAUUAUGACACUGCAAAUGCAAUUGGAUCAAAGUCCUAUAAUGCUCUUAUGGGAGAGCUUGUCUCUCUUGAAACACUAAACAUGGACGUCCAUCAUAAAAAUGUUGCAGAAGAAGAUUGUGUUGACUUUGUGGCUGCAACAACUGCUACUCUUGGAGUUCCUUCUCCCAGUCUUUCAAAAACCAGGUCUUUUGAAGAUUCUUCUCAAUCUAUUUCUGAUCAGAUACCAAGAAAAGGUGAUCUUGAAGAAGAGGCAGAGUUGUUGAGAAUCUUGAAACUGUCCGAGGCUGAUUCUAAAGCUUCAAUAAGUGAUCCUGUUAGAGUUCACGUUAAUGGAGGGGAAAUUUCUGCCAGUGUGGAAGGAAAUAUGAGUAAUGAACAGGUUGUAAAUAUGGAUUCUGGAGAUAAACUUGGAAGUAGCGCAGGUGCUGGUAACAGUCACUUUCAUGAUUCAGAGCCUUCUGUGUCUGAUGACUUCACUGCUUCUGACAAAGACCACAACAAACAGAUAUCUUCUACUUCUACACUGGGAGAGGCAGCUAAUUCAUCCUUAAAAACUGAUACUGUAAGCGACCUUCAUCAAUCAACCUAUUUGGGAACCAAAGAAUCUUCUGACCAAAACGAUGUGAUAGAGAAGAACAGCCUUGAUGCAUUGGUUCAGAAUGAGAGUGAAAUUAUUCCUUCUCCCAGAGAAUACUCUGUCUCAGACGUUUCUGGAGGAGAUGGAAAAAUUCAUGACCAGUCCACUCCUACAACUAUAGAUCAUGAAGUUGUAGGUGAAUCUCAGGGACCUGAUGCAAUAAAAUCAUUGCACUUGUCCCCAGGCCAUGCAGACUCAGACUCAUGUAGCAUCAGUCAUCAGCAAACUGAUGUUUCUGGAGCUUUGACUUCAACUGUUCAUGGGAGUGAGCCCAUAUACGAGGGAGAGGAAUGUGUGUUGGACACAAGAACUUUUGAGAAUCGUGAACCUGUUUAUGAAGGUGAGGUCGUACUUGCAGAACAGGCUGACAAAAGCACCUUAGCUUCUCCUGAUCUUAGAGCUAAGGAUGAACUAACUCCAGAGCAAGGUGAAUUGAUCAAAAGUUUCUUGAGGAAUAAUGCCAGCCAGUUGACAUUUUAUGGUCUUUUCUGUUUACAAGAUGGGCUUAAAGAGCGUGAGCUCUGUGUUUUCUUCCGUAACAAUCAUUUCAGCACUAUGUUCAAGUAUGAGGGUGAGCUCUAUCUUCUAGCCACUGAUCAAGGUUACAUUAAUCAGCCAGAUCUGGUCUGGGAAAAACUGAAUGAGGUCAACGGUGAUUCAUUGUUUAUGACCAGUAAUUUCAAGGAAUUCAAGGUAGAAAAUCAUGAAAAUAGCACAUGGGAUGAAAACAAUGCCCUGACCAGCACUGCUGACUAUCUUGCCAGCAUCGAUAGUGCAACACAGGCAGGCUUAGAUAUCAAUUCUGAUCUGCAAUUAGCAAUAGCCUUGCAACAGCAGGAAUUUGAGCAGCAGCCAUCACGCCAGAAUAAUUUACAACAAACAUCUAAUAUUGGUAACUCUAGACUGGUCACAGGACCCCAGGUUGCAAGAAACACUGGAAGACAGGCUUCGUCUGCAUCUACAUCUCCCAGGCCUGAUGGAAAAUCCAAAGAAAAAUGUAUAGUGAUGUGAAAUUCACGGAGUUUGUGUAGAAGCAUGCACUUCAAAAUGUGUCACCCUGAUAAUUGUAUCUCCAUAACAGCAAUCUUAUAUGAGAUAUUAGGUUGAGUUGCUUAUGUUGUAAAUAUUGGAAGUAUAUAGUGUAUAACAGUGCUAGGUCCUUUUUAACUGUGACCACAACGCUCAAUCCCUUCCCGCCGCCACUUGAUAUUGUCUGGACUAACCAUCUCAACCAUUUUAUGCUGAUUGAUUGUGCAGCACUCUAAAGUAGGGAGUUAAAGGCCAGUGAGAGACAAUUCAGGAUUGAUAUUUUGAUGUAAUAUUGCCAGAUAGAAAUUGCAUGAUAUUAAUUUUUCUACCAAAAUUAUUCAUUUUUA